CAACGCUGAAUCCUAAAUCUUCAAACUCUCUCUACGCAUCCAGUAUGAUUGUCUAUCUGCAAUCAAUAUCCGAUCUCGACCUGAACCCUGCCCAACUGAAAACGCUACGUACAAAACUCAAGCACCUCAUCCGGCAAGGUCGCUUUGUCGAGUUUGAAUCAUCAUCAUGGAAGUUGUUGGCAAAACAUGGAUUAAUUAGGAGCAAAGGAGAAGCACCAAAUGCUCCUGACAACAGCCACCGUGGCUGCGGCCCUAGUGCAACUGGUGAAGGUUUAACUGACAGGCCUCCUUUACCAAAGGGACAUGGUUAUCUUUCUUUGGGAACCUCGGUGGAUAAGCAUGGUAAUGUCCUUGAAAUACCUUCUAGCCGUUCUGCUCUCAUGUAUUGUAAUCUUUGUUGUAAAGAAGGAGACCACUGGCCCCGAAAUUGUCCAGAAUGGCAUCAACCAGAACCAACAUCUGCUGUUCAGACCAAGAGAAAAGGAUCAAAAUCAGUUGUUCAGACACAGAGAAAGAAAAAAUCAAAAUCCGCUGCUGGCACCAACAACAGCUCAUAUGAGACCAAAGAAUGAUGAGAACUGUCGGUCUUUGUGAGCCCUGUUUACUGAGAAGACUGCUGGUGCGAAGUCGUCUUAUGAACUGUCUUUAUUUGUCAUGUGCAUAAUGGGGAACUUGUUUACUUUAUCAUUAUAAUUAGAAGCUCUCCAUUGCUUGACUUGAAAUUGAAUAAUCAAGUUGAUGUUGCUUUUAUAUUCUUUCUUAUUGGACUAAGUAGUGCCUGAACUCUGGAACAAUGUUUGAA